CCGCUCUGGUCAAGAAGGGAGAGACAAAGAGAGGUGGAAAUAUUACAAGCACAUCACCAUCACCAGCAUCCAACCCUGCAGGGACCAGAGACCAGCGAAUCUCACCAACGUGUCUUGGAAAGAAAACAGGGAAGACAACAUGACUCUAGCAGCAUACAAAGAGAAGAUGCGGGAGCUCCCCCUGGUGUCGCUCUUCUGCUCCUGCAUCCUCCCGCAAGCCAAAGAAAAGCCCUCAGAGAAGAAAGCAGGGGUAGUGGACCUGAACCUCUGCAUCAUCAGGGAUAUGGAGGUCAUCGAGCUGAACAAGAGGGCGUCGGGCCAGGCCUUCGAGGUCAUCCUGAAGCCGCCGUCGUUCGACGGAGGACCGGAGUUGCGAGCCACCACCCCCCCUCGCAGAGAGCCCUCCCUGGAGGAGAUCCAGAAGAAACUGGACGCAGCGCAGGAGCGGAGAAAAUGCCAAGAGGCGGAACUUCUCAAACACCUCGCCGAGAAACGGGAGCACGAACGGGAGGUGGCGCAGAAAGCAGUGGAGGAACAGAACAACUUCAUCAGGCUGGCCAAGGAGAAGCUGGAGCACCGCAUGGAGCUCAACAAAGAGAAGAGGCAGGCACACCUCGCCGCCAUGCUGGAGCGCCUGCAGGAGAAGGACAAGCACUGUGUGGAGGUUUCAUGACGGCCUGAUCACAACACAAGCUGAACUUAUUUUGGAAGCCAUUUUGGAGGCUAAUCCCCUCAGGAGUGACGGCUAGACUAGCCAGGAGCAAAGUCCUUGUCUAAGACUGUCCCAUUGCGAAGAACCUUUGGAAAACCGAAGAGGAGGGGGAGGUGACAUCGCCGAUGCAAGAGGAAUGUGCCUGACUACACGCCUGUAGAAUCAAUACUCUUUCACAAGAGACUCUGAAGAAAGGUGAAUGCUAAGGAGGCACCAAGGAGAAUUGUUUGCUACUUAGCUACAUCAUCAAUCCACUCAGAGAGAGCUGUCACUGCCGACAGUGCCCACGUUGUUCUGCUGUGCGUGUGUUUGUCUUUCAUUUUGCUUGUCAAAGUAGGAUGUCAAGACACUGCAGUUGUGUGUGGUUUCUUUAUGGAGACAUUUGUAAGUGUGUGUGUGUGUGUGUGUGUGUGUGUGUGUGUGUGUGUGUGUAAGAGUGUGUUUGUGUGUGUUUUUGUGUGUGCAUUUACAUCUAUAUGCAUAGGUGUGGCCCUGCGCUCAUGUUUUUUCCAUGCAUGAGAGUGGACUUGUGCAUACCUCACCAAAGCCAACAUCCCCGACAGCAAUGCGCUUUGAGUUCCUACGCACAGGCUGGAUUCUACAUGCCCAUUACAUGUGGUUGCCUAAGUUAUAAAUGUUCCUUUAGAGGUUAACUGUCAAGCUGAACUGAAUGGCAGCCAGGGUAUGGUGAUGAUGAUGAUAAUGAUUGCAAUGAAGAUUAUGAUGAUGAUAAAAAUGUACAGAAAUUGCAUUAUAUUUUCAAUUUCAACCCGGAAUUA